AUGCUCGGUGCUGUGAAAAUGGAGGGACACGAACACGCAGCUGACUGGAGCACUUACUACGGAGAGCCCGAGUGGAUAAUGGACCUUUUCCCUUUUUACCGACAGAACCAGCAGCGCUGGCAGAACUCUAUCCGCCACUCGCUGUCCUUCAACGACUGCUUCAUGAAAGUGCCGCGCUCCCCGGAUAAGCCGGGCAAAGGCUCGUUUUGGACCCUUCACCCCGAUUCCGGAAACAUGUUCGAAAACGGCUGCUAUCUGAGGAGGCAAAAGCGCUUCAAGUGCGACAAGAAACUGAGCAAGGAGCCGGGUCGGAAAACCUCGGAGGGCGGCUCGAACAGCAGCUCUGAGAGCUGCAACGGGAACGAAUCUCCUCAUUCCAACUCGUCCAGCAACGAGCACAAAAGAUCCCUGUCUGACAUGAAGUCGGCUCAGGCUCUGAGCCCGGACCACGCAGCCUCCCCGACCUCUCAAGCGCAGCAUCUCCUGGCCCAACAUCACUCGGUUUUGGCGCACGAAGGACACCUGAAGCCAGAUCAUCACUAUUCCUUCAAUCACCCCUUCUCCAUCAACAACCUCAUGUCCUCGGAGCAACAGCAUCACAAAAUGGACCUAAAGACAUACGAGCAGGUGAUGCAUUACGGUUACGGCUCUCCGAUGGCCGGCGCGCUAUCCAUGGGCUCCAUGGCGAGCAAAGCGGGCCUGGAUUCGCCGGACACAUCGUACUACCAAGGUGUGUACUCCAGGCCCAUCCUGAACUCUUCCUAAACUCUCACGGACCUUGUGACAAUUUGUACAUUUGUAAAAUGGUUGUGUACAUGUAUUCUGAUUUUUGACGUUCCCCGUUAAUUUAGAUGUUCGUUAGUAAUUAUUUUGUAAAAGAUCUGUUGACAAUGUGACGAACUCUUCGAGGCGGCUUUUGAAAAUGGACCAAAACCACACCGAAGGACUGCGGACGGGUUGAAGUUCUUCAAUCACUUGUGUAAACUUAUUUAUGGCUUGUAAAUGUGUAUUCUUGUAGUUGAUGACAAGAACAGAAUCUAUAUUAAAGUGUUAUUU